UCAUGCUCUUUACACUCAUCUGCCAUCAACUAAACCUCACGGACUUCUUACGCCCUCCGAUUUUCGUGAAGGUCGUACACCAUCUUUGUUUCACUUCGAAGCCCCUGCUCUAUCAAUUCAAACACAAUUCUCUCAUGCGUUUCUUAGGCCUAGGUCCGCUGCUUCAGAGCACCGCCCCACUUAGAUCGCCCGGAUUUGCGUUGGGAAGGAAGCAGCCCUAGCCUCUGACAGGCCGAUCGUUCCGCUGGCAUCUCCCAUUCACGCCCCCGUUUGAUUGCCGCUCCGUGGGCCGUCCCCCACUCCCGUCCCAUGCGCUAAUUGGCUUUUGUUUUUGGAGGUUUUGUUGGAAACUAGGUCUUCCCAGAGCACUUAAGUCAAGUCGUUCACACUAAGAAAUGCCUAGCUUCGUCUCUCUCCCCGAUUUUCAUGGCAGCAGCUUCUGCUCUUUCCAUGUAACAUAUGGAGUGUCUUCUUCCGCUACUACUGAAGAACAAACAGUUUCUUCUGAUAAGGUUUCGAGUGAAGAAGAGUUGUUGUGGAAGUCUAUUUGUGGUGAGGCUUCAAGAUUGCAAUCUGAGUCACGAGAUCCAUCUUUGGAUCGUGAUACCGUUAUGGUUUUCGUUUCCCCCGUAACUGGGAAGAUGGAGUCUUGUGAUAAUGCAGAUUAUUUUCGGGCGAAGUUGUUUUACCAAACAGAACUUGCUCACCAAUUAUGCUCAGUUUCUUUACAUGGUUGUUCAAGACUAUGACAGAGUGGAGGAAUACUUCAAGAAAGCAACAGAGGUGGCAAGUGACGAAUGAACUUUGGUGAGCAGAAGAGGCCUACCAAGCAGCCAUAGACGCCGGGCCUGCAAAUUUCUUCUAUGCUGCAAGUUAUGCUCAUUUUCUUUGGAAUACUAGCGAAGAUGACCAUGUUAUCCGCUGGAAGAUGACUAUCCGGUCCAAUAUGAUGAUAUUUGAAAAGAAAAAGAAAAGAAAAGGAGAAGGAAAAAGAAUGGAAAGAAUGCCGAAAGAGAAAGAAAAAGAAUAGGAGAAAACGAGUGCAUGAAAGUAGUGUUUCGUGGUCUUAUUGGAAAACUUGCUGACAGAUGAGACAAUGAUUGGCGGUGGAAGGGUGGAAUCAUGGGUUCUCAAAUGAAGCUCAAAUCAUAUACUACAAUUAAUGGACUUGAUAUUGGUCCAGAAACUAGAUGGACUUGCUAAUAAGAGGAUGGGGAUGGUUCUGCUCAAUUUUUUAUUUGCUAAAAUUUUCAAGCUAUGCACAGUUGGUUCAAGUUUUAGAUAUGUUGGUUGUUAUAGAAUGUCAUUUGCAUAUUGUAAUUAAAUGCCUUGUUAAUAUUUAAUAAUUAAUCAAUGAUGAUGUCACACAUAAAAUUUCUUUGAAUAAAUUAGUAUAUAGCUUAGUAACAAGAUUAGUUUUCUUAUGACCAGCUUGUGCUAUGGAGUUC